AUGGGGGAAAUGCCCCAGGGAACCGGUGCCUCUGGCGCCAAGAGGGCAAAGACGUCGCCGGCGCCGCCGGUAGCCUCCCUCGGCGUCGACCUGCUCCGUGAGAUCCUCCUCCAGCUCCCCGACAUGGCGUCGCUCGCCAGCGCCGCUCUCACCUGCAAGCUCUGGCACGGCGUGGCCUCCGACCCCACCGUCUUCCGUCGCUUCGACGCCCUCCGCCGCCCCCCACUCGUCGGGUUCCUCCUAACCGACCGCGGUGAUAUGCCCUUCCCCCUCCGUUCCCCCAACAUGCUCUUCGUGUGGGGCACCCGCAACCCCAAUCUGGCCACGGCUGCCGCAGACGGGGAUUUCCUCUUCGAGGACCUCCCUGCUGUCGAUUCGGACGCCGAGGAGAAAGGGUACGGCUGGGACGAGUGGCGCCUCCGUGGCUGUGACGGCGGUCUCCAACUCCUCUCCCGUGGCCGGCACGGGCUCGACCUCGCCGUCUACGACCCCAUCGCGCGGACAGCCGUCUUCCUCCACGUUUUCGAUGUGUUCCCCUAUUCGACGCACGUGGCUCGUUAUGCCAUUGUUGUCGACGAGUCCGACGGCUCGUUCCUGAUCAUCGGGAUAGACGAUCACGCAGCCAUCUUUUCCUCCCGCACUAGCAAAUGGACUAGAUUGGAAUGCCGCGAGCUGCGUAGUUUUUACCCGUUGCACAGUGACGGCAUGCGUGCUGGGCGGUUCGCGUACUGGCGAUCCAACACGAAGAAAGAAAGAUACCGUAAUCUCGUAGAGAGGAUCCUGGUGUUGGACACGGCCACCAUGGAAUGGUCUAUCAUCAAUGCUCCAUUCCCCGUAGGGGAGUCCUACUGUGUGGCUGACAUGCCGGAGCAUGGCGGGCUGUGCCUUGUGUCCAGCAAGGAGCAAUGCUUGCAGCUCUGGUUCCGCAACAGCAUAGGUGAAUGGGUGCUCAUGAAAAACAUCUCUUUGCUGAAUGACUGGAUGAAGAAGAUACGCCAUGAUGAAUGGAUGAAAAGGCUGCGCAUACUGGCAGUGAGGGCCAGCUAUGUCUACAUGGAAUUCUGGUCAAUAAGGAAGCCUAAUUCCUACUUUCUUGUGUUUCAUCUGAGAACCGGGAAGAUGACAGUGUUCCGUAACAACCCAGAAGACCCUCAUAGAGGUCCUGCGUUUCCAUUCUUCAUGCGCUUGGAGCCUCUGCUUGGACCAGAUGAGGGUCAGAAUGUCCGUCUUAACGGUGUUUGA